AAACAUUAGAGACAUGUUUGAGGUGUUUGGGGAUGAGAAGGACAGUGGUCGAGUCCAGAACCUGAUAUCCAGAGGUUGGAAGGUCCACGGUGUCCUUGAGAAACUCAGCACCAUUGAUGAGCUAAAUGCUAUCAUGAAAACACGUGACGCCAGACCUGAACUAGAUCAAAGAUAACCGUACAUCUGUGUGUGUGUGUCUUUGUAGCAGAAGUAAUGCCUCAGUGAAGGGUAGGUGUACUUGGACGGCAGUGCUGUUUGGAUGUUUUGUUUGGGGAGGUAAAGUGCUGUUUGUUGAUAGGGUGUGGUGCUGGGGUAAUAAUACCAUUCCGGCAUCCCUAACGGGGAUAUUGGGUGUGCAGGGAAAUUAGUCACCAGCCAAUAAAUUCCUUAUAGCGGGUGCAUUAGUAAGAGAUAGUCUACCUGAUCACCCACCUGGAAGUACUUCUUGUGUGUGUUUGUUAGGUCCUAUGAGACCACUUGGUAUGUGCAAACACUUCUCAUGUGAGACUGGGCUGGGUUAGAACUGUAGCUGGGGUCGAUAAUAUAUGGCCAUGUGUGUGUCCAGUACUCAGUGAACUCGAUACGGUGAAAGGAACGGUCCCAGGGAACAGUUCGAGUUACAGACAGCCUGUCUAGUGUAGACUGCACGCUCCGUUAGUCAUGCAGUCAGUGUGUAGGUGUGCUCUCCUCUAAAAGCAUCGCUGGGGACUCGUUUGUUUAGCCCUCACUUCAGAACCUACUCUACCUGAAAAACCAGAAAAGAAGAGACUUGAUUGAUUGCACUUUCAAGUGUUGUACUUGGUGCUGUUGAAAGAUGACUACAGAGCUACACACUCCGGACAGGCACCUCGUGAACUACUCUCGCAUUUGUCCGCUAAACUCCUAUGACUUCACCCCGGCGAGGUUAACGCGGAGAUCAGACAACCCACUGCUGCAAGAGCACUGCACUAUCGACCUGCCAGCCCUCUACGUGACGCUGCGCAAGAGGCACAAUCCUUCGCAGGAGCAGCUUCAGUCGCUUCUUGCGCGCGCUGCAGAGGGGGAGCGAAAGUUGCGCGGGAAAUACAUCGAGUUGCUGUUCGCGGACAGUUAUCCUGGCUGUGACGUGCCUGCCGCAGUCCCCGCCGCCCGCACUAGGGGAGACUCGAACGUCGUAUCUUCUCCGCAAAGAGACGGAGAGUGGGAAGAUCCUCCGACGGCCCCUCCCACCUCUACUGCUCGGCCCUCUCCGCUCUUCAUACGGAGUAGAACGGAACGCAGACGAACCGCGUUCCGCAAGCGCAGCGACGAUACCAAAUCUGGAGGCUGCGGCAGCGGGAGCCUCAGUACAAGCGCAGAGGAGACGGAGGACGAAGGGAGUACCAAGAGCUGCAGCCUGGCGAGCGAACCUGGAACUCUCCCCGACCCAGAGAGAGACAUGGACGUCGAAUCCGGCGUCGUGAUGUACCACGACCGCCUGGGAAGGAGCGCCGAUCCUGCAAUCAUCGGUAGUGUGGUGCAGCAGCACGGCCACAACUACGGUUACGUGCCCCGGCCUCUCGGUCGAGGGCUCGUUCGACCCGUCCCGUUUCAACUCCCAGCUGCAGAGGCGGCGGAAGCGCUGGAAGAAGCUCCGUUCAGCCCUCCAUCCCGCGCACACGAUCCGUCUUCUCCACCGAGCUCGUUUGGCGGAAUGCGCCCCCUCCUCUGGUUGGCAGGAGGUUGAUGAAGGGGGAGUCCCUGCAAUGAUUUACAGUCUCGAAGAAGAAGAUGGAGAAGAAGACGAUUCCUCGGGCUCUGACGUGUCUUGCGAAUCACCUCGGUCGCUGCUCUCCAGUCGAAAUCACCACCAACCUCUCGCACGGCAGUUGCCCCAAACUACCCCCUCCUCCCUCCCGUCAUCUUCCCCAAUCUCCCAAACCGGCAGCAACGCUCCUCACUCCAAGCCCCUCCCACCUCCCAAGACGAAAUCUCAAGACGACGUGUUCAGGAGCUCCAGCCAAGCAGUGGAGAAGGUGAAAAGAAACAACAGCAAGUCUCAUCCAGACCUCACGGAGAGCACGGCCUCCUCGUCUUCCUCGCAGUCCCUCCGCUCUCGCUCCGUGUCCUUCCUGGAUUGCAGCGCCGGAGCCGAGCUGGGCAAGUACCCGGCCGACUAUCUCGGCAGUCGUCAGGCCGACAGCUACAUCGGACACGCAGACUCCGUCGCUAAGAGCUCAUCAACUCUAAACCAGUCGAGGUGGUCGUGUACGUGAUGUCGGAAAAAAUCAGACUGGCUCCACCGAAAAACUCCUCACUUUUAUUCAAGUCGUUUGCAGUGAAGGACAUACUGUCGGUGCAGAAGUGUUCGAAGAACCGGCGCAUCGUGUGCGUGUCCGUGUGGAAAUCGAGGAGGACUCCGCCCCAGUGCCACGCCCUUCGCUGCCCGUCGGCCCUCGUGUCCAGCGCCCUCUAUGACUCCAUUCUGGACCAGACACAGAACGUGGACGACAUUGCCUCCUCCUCUGAUAAGUUGUCUUCCUCGAGACUCACAACUCUAAGUCCCGAGAGCUCUACCACCGACCAUCCCUUCUCUACUAAUGACAGGGACUUACCCACCCCACCCCCCAUGACCCCCGACCCUUCAUCUCCUCAGUCGCCCUCACAAUUCCACAUAGAUUCCGGCAGUCCACGUAGGCUCCGCCCGGGCGGCCGACACGACUCCGUCAACGAAAUCAUCCAGAAGGUGCUGACAGACCAAACCCCCAUGGGGUCGCGAGAGAUCAGUGUCUGGCUGAGCCAGGCACAGCUGAGACUGGUGGACAUGUCCGACGAGAGAGAGAUGGUCUUCGAGGCACACGAAACAAGUCGCAUCCGAGCGAUCGGCGUGUACCUGGAGGACAAACGAUUCAUCGGUUACAUCGUCAAGGAGGAGGGGAAGCCCCUAUUGGGGCACGUUCUGAGGUGCAACAGUGCAGCGCUGAUGGUUUCGCUCGUAUCGUUCCUGCGACAGGCGGUCCAGAUUACGUUCUCACAGCAGGGGGGCUCGCUGUACGACGAGCUGUCGUCAGAUGAAAGUGAUUCCGAGCCUUCAACAGAGAGUGCUGCACAAGGCCAGGGACUGUUCAAGAGACUUCGCUGCAUUGCGAAUCCCCACAAGCCGCUCUGCCAGACCUCGUCACAGCCAACCUUUGUCUCCCAUACUCCCCCUCCUCCCCACUCUCCCAACUCACACCAGUACUCCCCGGCACCCGCUGUCACUUCGUUCAAAACCCCUCCCCCUCUCUCCCCUCUGGAUGUCCCAGAAGAACAGUUGCUCGUUUCCCAGUCACUUACGUCGGGUCGGCAGUCACCGAACCCCCUUUCUCGCCAACCUCUCUCGUGCACGCUCUCUCCGUGUUCAAGGAAGGGGGCGUGGCAGCCGGGAAGGCCGCGGUUGCAAAGAACGUCAUCCAGAUGCACGUGUCGUCUCUGGGGAUCAACCUGGUGGACAAGAAACACAGACUGUUUGUGAACCGGAACUACCCCCGCAAGCAGCUGGUGGGUUACUGCAGGGACGAGGAGGACGAGAAACUGUUUGCGUUUGGUUCUCUGCGACAGGGCUACCCAAACGAGAUCAAGUGUCACGUAUUUCGCAGAGUUCAGGAGUCAACGGAGCACAUCAUGCAGGCCAUUCACCACUGGCUCGAGCUUCCUCCGACCACUUCAGACAAUCAACCAUCCUCUCAACCUCACUAGUAUAUAGUCAGCCGCACACCUUUAUUUAUUUGUUUGUUGUUUUGUCAAAUCCGUUGCUUGGUUGUAAGUACUCACCAGAGAGUACUAUAGUUAUUCAGAUAAUAAUCUUGAUUUUGUUGUUGUCAAACUACUGUACAUACAAUAAAGGUAACUAGAGACGGAUACAAAACAGGAUGGUGAAUGAAAUAAGAGAUUGUGGGAGUGAUGUAUGAAGGAAUGGUGGUUAUAUUGGUGAUGGGGUCUUUGUUGGGCGACUGCCUCUGUAAAAGGUGCAGAUAUAGAGAGAUAAAGUUUGCAAGAGACAUAGAGAUAUGAUAACACACACACACACACACAGAGAGAGAGAG